UAGGAAGUUUAUAUCCAGCACCUUGGUUACACCUAUAAAACGAGCACAGUUCCCUUGAUACUUUUCAGAUGAUAGCAAAAUGUGUAGCAUUGUGUUCGAUGCAGAGGUGGUUUCUCCACCCAGUCACCUGAAUGUGGCCUUUUUCGAGGAUGUGCUUGAGACAGCCCUUCGAACUACAAGAGUGCAAGUGCUGACCAUUCAUAUUCGAAUGGGCAGCAGCACUGGGGAAAACUACUGCAGUCGGAUCUACCGAGCUAACGUCUCGUUCAAACGUCCCGAUCAUCCGGAGCAGCACAUGGUAUUUAUUGUGAAGAGUGUUCCUCACCUAAAUUCAGUGGAAUUCAUUGAAGAUCUAGAAGUGUAUCUGAAAGAAAAGAUCACUUACCACGAAGUUCUUCCCCGGCUAGAGAUCAUGAUGCAGUGCAAGCGUCGCUUUGGACCCAAACUUUUCCAGUGCAUCAAGCGACCGGAAAGCACCCUUGUGUUCGAAGAUCUGGGCCAAAUGGACUUUGUGAUGGCCUCACGGGAGGUAGGUUUGGACGAGGAACACUGUCUGCUGGUCAUGGAGCGCUUGGCGGAAUUCCACGCCACUUCGAUGGUGCUGGCAGUGCUGGAUCCGCACAUCUUUGACGCCUAUGCCGACGGCAUGCUCUCGCCAAGGGGACUCGCAAAGGACGACGGCAUGCUUAUGCGCUUCUUCUCGGGCAAUGGCAAGGAACUGCACAACCUGGUGAGCUCGUGGCCCGGGUUCGAGCGCAUCGCAGAGAAGAUUGAAAAAUACCUGCAAAACCAGAGGUCUAAUCUGGUACGCAGCCAAGCGCCUCAGGAUAAUGAGGUUAAGGUUCUCAACCACGGUGACCUGUGGGUAAACAACAUGCUAUUUAAGUACGACACAGCACAUCGGCCGCAGGACCUUAUCCUCAUCGACUUCCAGCUUAGUGUGUGGGGCAGUCCGGGCAUCGACCUCAACUAUUUCUUCUAUACCAGCCUCACCCUGGACGUACUGCGUCACCGGCGGCCCCAGCUGCUGCGAUGCUACCACGCUAGGCUGGCUAAAACACUGCUCAAUCUUGACUUGGGGGUUCCCGUGCCCAGCUACGAGCAGAUCGAACAGGAGGUUCACCGCCGCGAGGCCUAUGGCUUCUUUGCCAGCUACGGCAUCUUUCCAACAGUCAGCCAGGACAAGGCCCAGACCGCCGAUAACAAUCUGGAGAACUUCAAGAACGAAGACUUCGCCAAGCAUAAAGUACGUCAGAUGUUCGAGUCUCGUCGGUUAACAGAGACACUGCGCUACUCGCUGCCGCACUUCGAACGCGCCGGCGUUUUGGAUUGAGUUUCGUGUAUUUUAAAAAAUACGUGCAUUAUACAAAAUUUAUGCACAAUUUUUUUUAAUUUGGAUGUUAA